GUUCGGCUCAUGAGCUGAAUAGAACUAAAUUUUUUAGCAAACAUAUGACGCGCCGAUUUCGGAAAGGUUUGCACAGACUUGAAUAACUCGAAAACCGCAAUCCUGAAACAAAGAAACGCAUAGCAGAUUAGUGCUCGUGGUCAUCGAGACCACCUUUUCUCCUCCCUUCACGCCCAGAUCAGAAAUGGAGAUCAUCCACCACCAUCCCUCAGAUUCUCUAGCGACUGUUAUGGGCUCAGAUCGGCGAAGAAAACCCUACUCCAACUCCUCCUCGCCUUCCACACAAUCAAGUAAAGCCUCUCUCAUCAUGGGCUUCAUCUCUUGUCUCGCCUGGUUGUAUGUCGCCGGCAGAUUGUGGCAGGACGCUGGGAACCGAGCUUUACUCUCCAAUCUCCUUCAUAAAAGCUCCCGCAAUCUUCCGAAAGUUGUUACAGUGGAGGACAAGUUGAUGGAUCUUGGAUGCAAAGAUCGGAUUGUGGAAGCUGAGAUGGAUUUAAGUCUGGCGAAGAGCCAGGGUUUCUUGAGACAUAACAGCUCAUCUUCAGAUCGGAGGCUUCUUGCAGUCAUCGGAGCAUAUACUGGAUUUGGGAGUCGACUCAAUCGCAACAGGUUCCGAGCCUCCUGGAUGCCCAGAGGUGAUGCCUUGAAAAAGCUUGAGGAGAAGGGUGUGGUUCUUCGUUUUGUAAUUGGCCGGAGUCCUAAUCGGGGAGAUAGCCUGGAUCGUCACAUUGACAGUGAAAAUCUCAAGACCAAUGAUUUCCUGAUUCUUGAUAGCCACGAGGAAGCUGGCGAGGAGCUGUCCAAAAAGGUUAAAUUCUUUUUCAGCACAGCUGUUGAAAAAUGGGAUGCAGAUUUCUAUGUUAAAGUUGAUGAUGAUGUAAACAUUGAUAUAAAUGGACUCAUCGAAAUCCUUAAAAGCCAUCAUGAUAGACAUGGUGCGUAUUUGGGAUGCAUGAAGUCUGGUGCUGUAGUUAGUGAGGAAGGAAAACCGUGGUAUGAGCCUGACUGGUGGAAAUUUGGUGAUGAUAAGUCAUACUUUCGACAUGCAGCUGGCUCCAUGAUCAUACUAUCAAAAAGCUUGGCACAGUAUGUCAACGUAAACAGUGCGUCUCUAAAAUCUUACGCUCAUGAUGACAUCUCUGUGGGUUCAUGGAUUAUGGGCCUUGAUGCAAGCUAUGUUGAUGAUGACCGGCUUUGUUGCAGCAGCACCAGACAGGAGAAAGUUUGCUCCAGGGCCUGAGCAGUAGCGCUAAUUUGUGGGAUAAAAGCUUUAGAUGUCCAGUGGUCUAGAGACAUAUGCAAGCUGCGGAGGUGCAUUUGUAAGCCUGGGAAUAUUUUAUAAAUAUUUUUUAUUUUUUAAAAAUGUAGAAAUAUUUGUCAAAUUUUACAUGCCUAUGCUAAUUUAAAUGUAUCACAGUGAAAAAA